AGACUCUGAGUUAGGGUUUAUUUAAAUUCAGCUCUUCACAAUUCACGUUAGUUGGAAAACUUUACACAACCAGUGGAGGCGCUCGAGUCUUUUUCCAAUAACUGAGUCGCUUUGAUUGUUGUGUUUGUUAAGAAUUAAUUUUCUGUUUUGAUUGUGCCAUAAUAUUUGUUUGAUAUUUAUUUUAAUUAUAAUCAUCUACUAUCAUGAAUGACGAGAAGAAAAAGAAACGAGAACCUAAUUGUGCUAUAUGCUUGAAUCACGGAAUCAAAGUUUUACUCAAAGGGCAUAAGCGACAUUGUAAGCAUCGAGACUGUAAAUGUCGCAAAUGUAUUGAAACUAAAGAACGACAAGAGUAUAUGGCAGAUAUGCAAUAUAUCAAAAGAAAUGGAAAUGCCGAAGAAGCCAGGCUUGGUAAGAAAGCAGACAUGAUUGCUAUCUACAAUGAACGCAUGAAGAACAAAAAGAGCAAAAAGACAGUAUUAGAAACAGAAUGUGACAAGCUCACUACUCAUAUGGCUGAACUGGGCGAUGAAGUCAGGAGUAAAUCACCCGUUGAUAAGUCAAUCCCUCAUGAAGUGGUUGACUCUAAUAUUCAAGAUCUUCUACACUUCUUUCGUGAAGAAUUGAGACUCACGGAAGAAGACGAUAUGCUCUUUCAUAGUUUGGUAGUUAUGGUCCAAGACCUCGAAGAAGCUACUAACGACUCUGUUUAUGACAAUAUUAUCGAAAUUUAUAAGAAGUCAGAAAGGAAGUUAAACUUCCACUAGAACCCAAACAAAUCAACAUUUUAAACCCUUUUAAUCAAUAAUUUAUGUCAUUUGUUUUUAAUGGAUCUUAGAUCAAUGUGUAACUGAUAACGGUCAAAGACCGAGUUCUAAUCAAAAGCCAACAAAUUCUUCCCAUUUUUUUUUUGUAUUGGUUAUUAUCUUUUAGUCUGUUUUUUUCUCAAUGUAUUUCUGUGUCAAUGUUUUUAAUCCAAUUGUUCAUCAAAUGAAUGUACCCUGUUAUUGAUUCUACUCAUCGGUCCUGAUAUUAUGUCCAAUCAAAAGACGAAAAAAAUCCAAAGCAUUAACUCGCAUCGUAAUUAAUCUUGAUUAUUUUGUGAAAAAAUCAAAAAAAAGAAAACGAAAGUGUUGUUAUUGUGUUAACCCCUUUUUGGAAAGCAAAAGGAACAAAUUUCCAUAUUUCUCAAUUCGCAAUUAACCAACAAUUUACUCUGGUCUUUAACCUUAACCAUUAAAAUCUGCGUCCCUGUUAUCUAAUCAAAUUAUCUGUUAUAAUUACGGCUACAAUUAAGGUCACAUCACUCGGAAUGAAAUUAAUUAACUUUCCCCUUUUAAGGACAAAAAAAUAUCAAUCUAAUUUCAAUGAUUGUAAUCAAAGGAAAAUCAUUGUGACUCUUGUUCAACUUAUUAAUUAUUAAUUAUCAUUCUCAUCAAUUAGAUAUGAUAUUUUUUUUUAUCUAUUUAAUUGUAUUAAUCAUGUAGCCAUAAUGUAAACAAUAAAUCUCAAGGAUAAGGAAGA